AUACCCAGCUAUUAUAGAGAGACCCCCCAAAGGUGUAACUGGACCUAAAAACUUAAACUUUUCUUUAUUUAAUACUAAUGCGAAUAUUGAUCCAGAGAAUAAUAAAGAUCCAGCUAAGAUAGCAGGACCAGCAAACUUCGACUUUGAUGCACGUGGAUGUAAGCUUGUAGCCAUCAAAGCCAAACCGUUAAAUACUGCGUAAUGUGAUGCUGUCAUCCAUGAUUCAAUCUGCUUUGCUUCUAUACCUGACCUUGAACGUAAUCCAUGAGCGCCGAAUGCACCAAAGCUAAUACCUGUGGCAGCUAAUAAUGCACCAGAUUUCCAAACUACUGUACUAUUCAUUUUAGUUUUUUUUUUAUUUAGUUGAUUGUUUCUUAAAAACGCUUUAUCUAGUCAACAGUGAUGGCUUUAACACCUGCAGAAGCAAGUGAUCCAAAAAAGAACCCACUAAACCCGGAAGGUUUAAAACCAUGUUGCGUAUGUCCGGAGACUAAGAAAUUGAGGGAUGAAUGCUUCUUAUUUAACGGUUCGAACGCAGACUCGUCUAAUGGAUCAACCGACGCUUGUAAGGAUGUUCUAGAAGCUCAUAAAGCUUGUAUGCGUUCGUUCGGCUUCCCAGUUUGAAUUAUGGCAAUCAUUAAGCUAAAAUAUAGACAAUUAAAUUAUUACAUCAAAAUGUACAUCAUUAUUUAUCACUACUUCUUCCCUUGCCUUACUAAUAACUUUAUUUGAUCGCCAUCAUCCAGAUUAUAACUGGCUACACUCUUCGAAUUUGAUAACGUUAUAUUGCCAAAGUCCAAUCUCAUUCUACCAAUUGGCGGUCCGCGUUUGCCUUCUCCAUUCUUGGCUUCUAAUGCUUCAGAAAUGUACUCGCGUAUCACUCCGCUUAUUGAUGUUAAUGGUGUUGGUGAUAGUUUAAUAACUGAUCCGUCAAGUCCCCAUUCUGGAUUAUUCGUGUCAACUGGUAACUUGACUGUCAAGCUGACAUAACCAUCUGGAUGAUAAGAUAACCACCUAUUGAAAGUUUAUCAGUAUAUUUAUCAACUAUUAAACCAUCAGUCUUACUCAUCUUCAGUAUAAUAUUGUCCUUCUGGUAACUUUUGAACCUUGAGUCGUUUUGAUGGAUUAGAGAAUGGUUCGAUUUCCGCUUGUUCAGCUGUUCUAACAUUUCCUGUAUUUGGCAUAUGGAAUUUUGGUGCGGAAGGUCCCGAAGGUGCUGCUGAGAAGCUAACACCAGAUGGAUCAUAAACGUCCCCAUACGAAUCUUUCAGCUUGGACUUCAGAAGUAGCUUGCGCUUGGUAACGUUGUGCUACUGUCUCAGCACUGGCAGUAUGACCAUCCCACACACCUGCUUCUUUCUUUCUCUUGACUUCUUGAGCAGCCGCUUCCGCUUCCCUCUUUCUUUGUUCUGCUUUCUCCAUAUCUUGACCGAAAAUAUCUGUACGUCCUUGGGCGAGAUUUUUAAGUGAGGAAGCAACAUCUGCACCUUGUUGUAAUAGAACCGAAGCUUGACGCCUGCUUUCUGCGUAUUCUUUGUUUUCUUGCCAUUUCGGAUCAAGUAGUUCGAUACGUAAGUGAUUGGCAAAUUCCUCGUUUGGUACGAGUGCACCAGAAAUUGGUGAACGUGAAUAACCUUGUGGGAUUUGCUGUUGUUGC